AGGCGUUCAGGCUUGCGCUUCCGGUGCGCGGAGCAGAAGCAGCGGCCAGGGGUUCGGAGCAGCGGCCGAGCGGCGGGCGACGGGGGCGGCCGACUUGGGCCGCGGCCGGGGCGGAGUCGGAGCCAUGGAGCCGCCGCUGCCGGGCUAGGGAGGGCUGGCGCCGCGGGGCCCGCGGCGAUGGCGGGCUACGCGCGCCGCCCCGGCGUCACCCCGUUGUCCCGGGCCCGGAGCCUCGUCAUUCCGGACGCUCCCGCGUUCUAUGAGCGCCGGUCUUGUCUCCCCCAGCUAGACUGUGAGCGCCCCCAAGCCAGGGACCUGGAGUCCCAGUUCUUCGGCAUUCGGCCGACGUUUAUGUGCUAUGUGCCCAGUCCGGUGCUAGCUUCCGUGGGAGACACAGAUUUUGACUAUGGAAAGGGGAAAGGCACUAAGCAAGGUCCAUCAGGAGCCCAGAACACACACUUUGGAGGUGAGAAACUUGGAGAUCUUGAAGAGGCAAAUCCAUUCUCCUUUAAAGAGUUUCUGAAAAGCAAGAACCUUGGCCUGUCGAAAGAGAAUACCGACAGCAGAAUUUAUUCAAAGGAAGCCACGAGGCACUCGCUGGGACUCGACCGCAACUCCCCCACCUCCCAGACCGUGGGGUAUGGCCUGGAGUAUCAGCAGCCGUUUUUCGAAGACCCGACGGGGGCUGGCGACGUCCUGGACGAGGACGAGGACGAGGACGAAGGGUGGGACGGGGCCUACCUGCCGUCUGCUGUGGAGCAGACCCACUCCUCCAGGGUCACCGCCAGCACGUCGCCCUGCAGCACCUAUGUCUCCUUUUUCUCCAACCCGUCGGAGCUGGUGGGGCCCGAGUCUCUGCCUCCGUGCACGCUGAGCGACUCCGACUCCCGCGUCUCCCCAGCCGGGAGCCCCAGCACCGACUUCACAGUCCCCGGAGAGUCUCUGGGGGACAGGCACCUUCGGACGCUGCAGAUGAGUUACGAAGCGCUGAAAGAUGAAAAUUCUAAGCUAAGAAGGAAGCUGACUGAGGUUCAGAGCUUCUCUGAAACUCAAACAGAAAUGGUGAGGACGCUUGAGCGGAAGUUAGAAGCGAAAAUGAUCAAGGAGGAGAGGGACUAUCACGACCUGGAGUCGGCGGCGCAGCAGGUGGAGCGGAAUCUGGAGCGCGCGACCAAACGGGCAGUAAAGGCAGAAAAUCACGUCCUAAAACUGAAACAGGAAAUCAGCUUGCUCCAGGCGCAGGUCUCUAACUUCAUGCGCGAGAACGAAGCCCUGCGGUCAGGCCAGGGCGCCAGCCUGACAGUGGUGAAGCAGAACACCGAGGUGGCCCUGCAGAACCUCCGUGUUGUCAUGAACAACGCGCAUGCCUCCAUCAAGCAGCUGGUUUCUGGAGCUGAAACGUUGAAUCUUGUUGCUGAAAUCCUGAAAUCUAUAGACAGAAUUUCUGAAAUUAAAGAUCAGGGGGAGGAAUCUUGAGAACCACGGAGGUGCUUCCAGCUCACAGCUCUGUUUACAUCCUGAAACCAUUACCCGAUGGAUUCCAACAUGCCACCACGUCUCUGAAUGUGCAGUCUUCACACACAGUAAAAAUACCUAUCACGAGAUACUAACUUCAUGGCCUGGAACAGUAUCAUUAGCCGCACGCAGGGAGGAGCAGCUCCCAUAUGCGAGAGCAGCUCCUGUGCUUCGUGUCGCCCUUCUUGGUGAGCUCCCCGCUGUUUAUAGACGCUCUUCAUCUACUGGAAGACAUUUCUCUAAAAGCCGGUGAUUUUUCUUAGAGUUACUAAACGAAAACAGCAAUUCUGUGAUGAGUGUUUUCCAUUGUGAUUCUAGAAUAUGAACUGUAAGAUAACCUCAGUUGAUCGUCUUUGCUUUCGUAAGUAGAGAAAAACACUAAAUGAGCCAUAACGUAAGCGCUCACCUCAGACGGGGACCUGUGCCUUACUGCCAGUGCUCAGCGCCCCCUCUGGCUCACAGACCACUCCUUCAGCUUCUGGGGGGCGGGGGGCUCCUGUGGUUGGUGACCUGAGCAUGGAUGCCCGAGGUGGUUGCCAUUGUCUUCCCUCAGGGACCAAGGUCAGCACAGGCAUUCCACAGUGGGACACCAUCUAAGUGCAUUGGAAAACUGGUGUUGGCUGGAGGGUUUUGCUACGCAUUCCAGGCGGCAUCUUGUACGAUGACAUGUAGGAUUCAGGGACUUGGAGCCUAGGCAGAGCCUUCUCGGGUCAGGGCAACGUCUCCCCAGGUGCCUUUCCAAUCCCUUCCUGUUGGAGGGGAGGCGUAACAUGCACUAGAUGCCUUUUUGGCUGUUUUCCUAUGGAUGUUAUUUUUUUAAAUAAACGUCCUUUUUGCAUCCUGUUCAAA